AUGUCCGGAAUAUCCACCACCCUAGAGUUUUUUUCCAAGGACCAUCUGAUCAUUGACGUGCUAUCCAAGUACAGCAAAUGCUGGUUCUCUGCAAACACCAAAUGGACGAACCUCACUCUGGACUUGAACGUCAUGUGGCAAAGCUGCGGCAUUGUGCAAUUCGAACAAAAUGCCUUGGACCUUUACAGCAAAGGAAGUUCGGUUCCGACAGUAUUUGAAACCUCCAUCGACGUCGGUGACAACGGGGUCGAAUUUCUAGAACUUCUUCCCUACAUCAACAUAUUCUCACAAUGUAACUUCAGCCACAUCACAAUGCUCUCCAUACACCUCACUUUCUCCCCGAACACGGCACCCACAGCCAUUUCUCGCCUUCGGGAUGUUAUAGCUCAUUUCGUGCACGUUUUGCCCGAGGUUCAAGCACUCGCCACCUCAAUGGAAGUUAUUUCUGAGCUCACGAGGUUUCCACGAGACGCUGGUAACCCAACUCCAUUUCCCAAACUGAAAGCGCUAACUCUGUACGACAUGUUUCUGAUUCGGGAGUACGAUGAGACGGGUGAGCACGACGAUCCUGGACGGGAAGCAGCCGAGCUGUUCUUUCGGCAGCGGCAGGAAGACGGGUGUCCUAUACAGGUUCUUGAUCUCACGCCGUGCAAGUGCAGCACCUUGCCUGACAUGAGCUAUCUGGAAAACGUGGAGGGUAUGAAAGUAGAAUGGCUCGACAGAGGGGGAAAUUGGCAAGAGGCAAGAUGUGGGUCAGGAAGAGUCGCGCAAGGACUCGGCUGGAAUUUCAGUGUCAGGAAGAUGUAG